GUUUGUAUUGGGGCAACACGUAUAUUCGUGUAAUUGCUGUAUGUGUGACGCAACACAAUUACGCGCAACUCGAUCAAACUAUUAACACGGGUUUCCCAUUUUACUUGCAGGACGUCUUGAUAUAUUCGGUAGAACUUCGUUUUUCCGGUUUCUACAUUAUCUGUAUUGAGCUCGUUCACGUCUGUGUGGUGGAUGCGCACGCGUUAUGAGUCUCCAGAAAUUAACUUUGAUAAGAAGCAUCUCAUUUCAUCAAUACUGUUUCGACAUCACUUUCGAGAGGAAUGUUGAGGAACUAUUAGUGCAUGUUUGUGUUAAAUCUAACAGUUUUUCUCCGCGUUGUUUCACAUGGAGACUGUCACAUGAGGUCUGAUGUCAUACGGGACGAGCGCACAGGCAGCCGCUCCGGUAAGGUGUCAGUCAUCAAUUGAAUAGAAUAGGAACGAGCCAGAGAAACCAGCGCACUGCGUACUGACACCAUUUGUUGUUGUUUUAAAACCUUUGGAUUUUUAUCUCAAAUUGGCAGCUCGCAACUGAAAAUAAGGAGAUGGACAGCAACGUGGUCCAAAUUUUUAAAGAGGACAAAUGCCCAUCUGCUCUCCCCGAAAAGUGUUCACCCAACUUCACGUGGCAGUCUGCUGUCUCAGACAUAUAUAACUAUUCAGUGAAUGAGACCUGGACGAGCGAGCAGGAAGCGAUGUCCCCCAUCAUUCCCAUCAUCACUGCUGUGUACUCUGUGGUGUUUGUUGUAGGACUAGUGGGAAACUGCCUUGUGAUGUAUGUAAUCAUCAGAUACACUAAAAUGAAAACUGCCACCAACAUCUAUAUCUUUAACCUGGCCGUGGCUGAUGCUCUGGUAACCACCACCAUGCCCUUUCAGAGCACAGAUUACCUGCUCAACUCGUGGCCAUUUGGAGAGGUGGUGUGCAAGGUUUUCAUCUCCAUCGAUUAUUAUAACAUGUUCACCAGCAUCUUCACCUUGACCAUGAUGAGUGUCGACCGGUACGUGGCAGUCUGCCACCCCGUGAAAGCCUUGGAUUUCCGCACACCAAUUAAAGCCAAGAUCAUCAACAUCCUCAUCUGGGUUCUGUCCUCUGCUGCCGGCAUCCCUGCAAUGGUUCUUGGGAGCACUCAGACCAACAAUGGCACUACUGAGUGUGCUUUACAGUUUCCAGACCCAUAUAUCUACUGGGAUACGUUAAUGAAGAUCUGCGUCUUUAUCUUUGCAUUCGUGGCUCCUCUCAUCAUCAUCACCGUGUGUUACACCCUUAUGGUCCUGCGUCUCAAAAGCGUACGUCUGCUCUCGGGCUCACGGGAGAAAGACCGCAACCUGAGACGCAUCACCCGCCUGGUGCUGGUUGUGGUUGCUGUGUUUGUGAUCUGCUGGACACCCAUACACAUCUUCAUUCUGGUCAAAGCCCUUUCAACCGGAGUGCCGGAGACCACCGCCGUCAUGGCCGCAUACUUCUUCUGCGUGGCACUGGGCUACACCAACAGCAGCCUCAACCCCAUCCUGUACGCGUUUCUGGAUGAGAACUUUAAACGGUGCUUUAGGGACUUCUGCUGCCCAGGCCGGAGAGCAGGGGAUGGGCACGCCGUCAGCCGGGUGAGGAGCACGCUCCGUGAGCACACGUGCCCCACGGAGAGAAAAGGAGAAGGAGGCCAAGGAAGACCUGUAUGACUAGCCGUGGAGAUGUCCUCCUUUCAUGGUUGGGAAGACUCAAAUGAUAUGGGACUGACACAGAUAACCACUGCCAUCUGAGGAAGAGCCCUUUAGACAACUUCAGACAAAGGGUGUGAAUAGAACUAUUGCCAGAGCAAAACAGAAGGCUGCAUCAUUUUUUUGUCUUGUUCUAACUAUUUGUUUUUUGAAUGUCCAGUCAUUGACCAAAGACGGUGUAUGAUGAAAGUCCCGGUCAGCUUCCAACUUCUACUUCACCUCUCACCACUGGCCCAAAUAAUGAGUAAUAUUAUCAAUUUACAGUCACCAUGAAACGGAAGUUGCGAUUGACUUCUUUUCCUUGUCGUGAUGUGUAUCCGAGUGAAACGGCUUCUGAAAUUAGAAAAAAUGUAGGGCGGGGCUUUAUUUUGCCCUCCCCUUUUUGAUUGGUUUGUUGUAAGUUGGGCCUGGAGGGGAGGGCUAAAUAUGCCUGUCCAUUGGACAGUGAGUAUAGUCCUACCUCUGUCUUGUUGCUGACGUCAUGUGGUGAAGAGUUGUUGUUGAGAGGGGGAGAGGAGCUUAACCUUACAAGUUCAUAUGAAUAAAAAAACUUAUGUGCACGAAUAAAUCAUUUAUAAUAAUCACUGCAACACUGUGUAAAGACUUAGAAUUUUCCUGUUUGAUUGCAUGGUCACUUUAAAGUGAUAGUUUACCCAAAAAUCUAAAAUAUUAAAUGAAAACUAAUUUAUUCACCUUCAUGUCGUUCAAAACCUGCACAUGACUCUUUCUUCUGUCGAACACAAAAGCAGAUCUUUUGAGAAAUGUCUCAGUGAUUUUGUGUCUAUACAGUAGAAGUCAGUGAUGUUUGGUUACCAGCGUUCUUCAAAAUAACUUCUUUUGUGUUCUGCAGAAGAAAGAAAUGGGAAAGACAUGAGGGUGAGUAAAUGAUUUUCUAUAUUUAGGUUAACCGUCCCUUUAAAAUAUGUUUUGCAUUAAUACACAAAGUGUAGACUAAAAGCAACAAACAAACAAAAAACAAUGUUUGAAUGCAUUGGUUUGUAAAUAGUAACAAAAGCCUUUAUUUUGGAUUGUGGAACAGUCCUAUUUUGAAAAAAAAACAUGUACAAUGAAUAAAGUGUAUCAUAAUUUUCUCUCAGGAAUUUAUAUAUCAUAAAUGGGCAACUGUGUGUGUUUUUUUUAAAGAAACGCUAAACUAAUUUGCUCCAGUAGAAAAGGGGAGUGAGUAAAGUAAGUGUAGUUUUUCCAAACAUACUGUUGAAGUGCUUCAUAUUCUUUUUAUUUAAUUUAUAUUAACAGAUCAUGUAAACUGUUUGAGUUUCCUUAAGGCUACAUCAAACUGCCCUGUAAGAAACAUUAACAUUCCAUUGCUUGCCCGGUUAAUCCACCAGCUUCGCUUUAAAUGUGGGUGUUUGUUAGGCCAGUUUGAAUUAGCACUUAAAGAGUUACAAUGUUAAAUGUUAAUGUACAAAUGUUAAUAUUGUACUUAUAUUGUACAUUAUAUUGUAUAUUAAUAUUGUAAACAAGAUAUAACAUAUAAUGAAUGAUUGAAAUAUAAAUUAAAUACAUAGUAUUUAUGAAAAAAAUUAAAUCACGUUUUGUGUUUUUGGGCAUAGGGCUUCAAAACAACUGACUAAAGGACGGAAGUUACUUAGUCGGGUUGUUCAUAAUACAUUGUUGUUUCUACAGAUAUAGAAAAAAAUGUAAAUGUCUAAUGCAUGUUUUACAAUGAUCUUUGAGUAGAAUAAUGUAAAUGUAAAUACAAUAUGUGAUUGCAGUGAUUAAACAGAACUAUUUAUCGGAAAAAAUGUCUCAAGCAAAGCACUUAAUACAGAAUGUAAAUGUGCCCGGUGCUGUACUCAUACUUCUUGUAUUAAUGAUAUUGAUGUAAACGUUGAUUGUCUGUAAGUAAUUCUCAUGUUGCCUUUCAGUGAUGUGUAUGGUGUGCUUUUACAAAAAAAGAUUCACUGUAAAGAACUCCUGAUGAAGGACAUCUUGACAAAAAUGACUUCAAAAUUACUUUUCGGGUAUUUGUGUUCUGUGGGUGGGUGUGACUGAAUGGAAAACAAACUUUUAUCGUUCACUCAGUAAGGUAUGACAUCACCAGUACUCUAUUGCCAUAGCAUUAAUUGCAAAAGUGUUGAAAAUGUUAUGACCUUUGUGCCUUUGGUUUUAAUUGUUAAUAUUAAUAUCAUUACUGCUUACUCCAUGUGAUUGUUGAUGCUUACACAGGACAUUAAAAUGCAGAAAAAUAUGCUUUUGUUAGUUGAUUUUACUGUACUGAUGUGCUUGUAUUAUUAUAUAACAGAUGAUUUCAAAUAUAAGUUUGCCAUUCAACUUGUGAAUUAAUAUGUGCGUUUUUUAAAUGCUUAAAUAUGAUUAAAAUAAGCUUUGCUAUGACAUAAGCACAGUACCUUGCUUGAAUAAUAUUACAUGUAUUUGAAAUGUAUUGUCAA